CAACAAGGAAUAUAAAGAAAGCAGGGGCAAAAAGACAAAAGAAGGACCGAAACACUUGGGGAGUUUGUUUACUGAAAAGGUAAGAGUUGGUCCACGUCGAGAUUGGCUGUAUGGCUGCAGGUCCAACAAAUGACUCUUGACUGGUAGUUCAUUGAAUCAUUGUUGGCGUGUUCAAUUUCUAUUCAACAUAAAACAAAGAUGUUAUUGGUCAGUUCCUCUGUUCCAAGUCAAGCCUGACCUUUCAAAGUCGUGCCCAACUCCCUUCCUAGAAGGAGGAGCUAGCUAGUUCAUAUAUCAAAUUUCAUCUCAUCUUUUAUACUAGAGAACAUUAAGAGGCUUUUUGAAAAGAACAUUCUCAAAUUCUUUCCUCGGGGUCCAAGCAUCAUGGCAUCGUAUGGAACCAUGCAAAGGCCAGCUCCCUCCUCAACAGCACCCUUAAAGGCUGAUCAGCCUGACGAUUCGAAGGACUCGACACGAAAGAGGCGCAACGACUUCAAGCUCCUAUGCCCUUUCAACGUCCCCUUAAGCCCCGAAGCCGCCGCCGUCAGAAUUAUCAGAAACUUGGGAGAUUUCGGUCUGUACUACACACUCUUUGUAUGGAUUAUACUGUUCAUAAGCCUUGUGCCAAAGCGCAAGGUUUCUUUAAUUUUCUUGGUGGCUAUGACGAUUGUGACAUGCUUAUACCUAUUACUGCUACGUGCGCUGCCCAACUCUAUUGUGCUGCAUAGAGUUAUUGACAAACGAUUGGUGCUAGCUUUGCUAGCCAUUGUGACUGGGGUUGAGCUCAUCCUGACACGUGCAGCCAUCCAUCUUCUUGUUACUUUAGCCUGUGGAAUACCCAUCACUUUGGUUCAUGCAGUUUUGCGAGUGAGAGUUGACCUUUUUGUGAGCGAGGAGGCUUGUGCUGCAGGGGAAUUGGUUCCCUUGGUAGCCAUGAAAACUGGUGAUGUUGAGUCUCCAGCUUCUGUGUGAUGGAAAUUGAAAAAAGGACCGUAUGAAAAGAGUUUCUUAGAUGUUUUGGACCAAGAGGUGAUUUUUGUUUUUAUUAUUUUUUUGUUGUUUUCCUUGAUAGAUGGGAUAAUUUACAAUCCACAAUUCAAACCGAUCAGCAAA